UCUCCCCCGCUCUCCUCCUCCUCCUCCUCCGGAGCGGAUCUGACAGGCGCUCUCAGCUGAUCGCGACGCGCCACGCCGUGCCGUGCCGUGCCGUGCCAGGGGCUUGCUGCGGGAGGGGGGGGCGGGGGGGGACCCGAAUGGAGACAGCGACAUCCCAGCCGAGCGCCCAGUGCUUUUACGCAGAGCUGACGACGGACCGGGGCCGCGGGAUCAUGUAGUCUUGUGGCACUGCGGUGACAGCGCAACAUUUUUUUUUCUGGGGCGAGGGGGGGGGGACGGGACUUAAACUACACCUCUCUCUCUCUCUCUCUCUCUCUCUCUCUCUCUCUCUCGGUCACGGUCCAUUGACGCCUGAAGAAAAGUGAAAUCGAUCCCCCCCACCCAACACACACCUGCCACUCCACAGGACCCCUGAAUGGAAGACGGCUAGAGAGGUCGAGGACAAGGCUGGGGCAUUCCUUCUUCCCUCUUCUUCUGUUCCACCGUCGCUGCGCGUUGUCGACCGUCUGACACCUCUCCGGCGGCCUCGACGGCUGCGCCGCUGCCAUGGCUGUUGGCGUGACGGAGGCGCAGAGCCCCUCGGACUGAGAGCGCGCGCGCGCGCGCGCACACCCGAGCCUCGAUCACUGGUGGCGGAUUUAAAUGCCUCUCUCCAAGGGCCACCGACCCGCUGUUGUGCCCCGGUCCUCCGGCGUGUGCGGCGUCUCGCGCUGCCACCAGUAAGCACAUCGCAGACUGCUUAAAAAGAAAACACACACACACACACACACACACACACAAGAAAAGAGACACGAUCUACAGCGAAAGGAUUCUUUCUUUUUUUUUUCUUUCCUUUUUUUUCUUCCUUUUCUUCCCAAGCAAUAUGGCUGGUGAGUGGGGCUGUGGACGCUGGCACACGCUCUCCAAGGCGCCUAAAUGCUAGCCGAGGCGGAUGGCACCGUUCCCCAUGGCAGCGACAGCUCUAUGAGGACAAGCAAUAUCAUAAAUAGUAUAAAGCCGGACUCUUCGAUCGUAAUAUCCAAGAUGGAAGACGUUGUCAUCCCGUUCUCGUCCGAGGUGCCCUGCGACAAUAAUGGCCAGCGCAUGUGGUGGGCAUUCCUCGCCUCCUCCAUGGUGACGUUCUUCGGGGGUCUCUUCAUCAUCCUGCUGUGGAGGACCCUCAAGUAUAUGUGGACCGUUUGCUGCCACUGCAACAUCAAAACCAAGGAGGUUCAGAAGGUGAACAACCCCGCCAACAAUCAGGCCGGAGACAAGACAGCGAAGGGCACCGAUGAGAACGUGGAGGUACCAGCCAGUGAGGUGGGAUGGAUGACUUCGGUCAAAGACUGGGCCGGCGUCAUGAUCUCUGCUCAGACGCUCACUGGCAGAGUUCUGGUGGUGUUAGUCUUUGCACUCAGCAUUGGGGCCCUUGGAAUAUACUUCAUAGACUCUUCAGAUCCUAUAGAAUCCUGCCAGAACUUCUACAAAGACUUCACGUUACAGAUCGAUAUGGCCUUUAACGUCUUCUUCCUUCUUUACUUUGGCCUGCGGUUUAUAGCAGCCAACGAUAAGCUGUGGUUCUGGCUGGAGGUCAACUCCGUGGUCGACUUCUUCACUGUUCCUCCUGUGUUUGUCUCUGUCUACUUAAACAGAAGCUGGCUUGGCUUAAGAUUCCUGAGAGCACUAAGAUUGAUACAGUUUUCGGAAAUCUUACAGUUUUUGAAUAUCUUGAAAACGAGCAAUUCCAUCAAGCUGGUUAACUUGUGUUCCAUCUUCAUAAGCACAUGGCUCACUGCUGCAGGAUUCAUACAUUUGGUGGAAAACUCAGGGGAUCCUUGGGAAAACUUCCAAAAUUCCCAGUCACUUUCCUAUUGGGAAUGUGUCUACUUGCUGAUGGUGACUAUGUCUACGGUGGGCUACGGGGAUGUCUAUGCAAAAACCACCUUGGGGCGCCUGUUCAUGGUCUUCUUCAUCCUCGGUGGUUUGGCCAUGUUUGCCAGCUACGUCCCUGAAAUCAUAGAGUUAAUAGGAAACCGCAAGAAAUAUGGUGGUUCCUAUAGUGCGGUUAAUGGGAGAAAGCACAUUGUGGUCUGUGGUCAUAUUACCCUCGAAAGUGUCUCCAACUUCCUCAAAGACUUCCUACACAAGGACAGGGAUGAUGUCAAUGUAGAAAUUGUUUUUCUCCAUAAUAUUUCCCCUAAUCUUGAGCUGGAAGCCUUGUUCAAACGCCAUUUUACCCAAGUGGAGUUCUACCAGGGAUCUGUUCUCAACCCUCACGAUCUGGCCCGUGUGAAGAUCGAGUCAGCAGAUGCCUGCCUAAUCCUAGCCAACAAAUAUUGUGCAGAUCCUGAUGCUGAAGACGCCUCCAACAUCAUGAGGGUCAUUUCAAUAAAGAACUACCAUCCCAAGAUCAGAAUAAUCACGCAGAUGCUCCAAUAUCACAACAAGGCCCAUCUGCUGAACAUUCCGAGUUGGAACUGGAAGGAGGGCGACGAUGCUAUCUGCCUGGCCGAGCUGAAGGCAGGCUUCAUUGCCCAGAGCUGUCUGGCCCAGGGCCUGUCCACAAUGCUGGCCAACCUGUUCUCCAUGAGGUCCUUCAUCGAGAUUGAGGAGGACACAUGGCAGAAGUAUUACCUUGAAGGAGUGGCUAAUGAGAUGUACACAGAGUAUUUGUCCAGUGCCUUUGUGGGCCUCUCCUUCCCCACUAUCUGCGAGCUGUGUUACGUGAAGCUGAAGCUGUUGCUUAUUGCCAUCGAAUACAAGUCUGAGCAGAGAGAGAGCAGAAGCCGAAAGCGCAUCCUCAUCAACCCGGGCAACCACGUGAAGAUGCAGGAGGGAACGCUGGGAUUCUUUAUCGCCAGCGACGCCAAAGAAGUGAAGAGAGCUUUUUUCUACUGCAAAGCUUGUCACGAUGACAUCACAGACCCUAAGCGGAUCAAGAAGUGUGGCUGCAAACGACUGAUUUAUUCCAAGAUGUCCGUCUACAAACGAAUGAAACUGGCAUGUUGUUUUGAUUGCGGCCGUUCAGAGCAAGACUGCUCUUGCAUGUCAGGCAGUGUACAUAGUAACAUGGACACCCUUCAGAGGGCCUACCCACUUUCCUCUGUCUCUGUUCAUGAUUGCGCGACCACUUUACGUGCCUCCAAAUAUAAGUAUAAUGGAUAUGUCAGAUCACCAGCAGAUGGCGCUACAACACCAGGGAACAGUGGAAGCCAAAAAGAGGCUGGCGUUCGAUUCAAAGCCGAUUGCAAUUUAGUUGAAGACGAGCAUCCAUCAACUCUCUCGCCCAAAAAAAAGCAGCGCAACGGAGGGAUGCGAAACUCGCCCAACUGCUCGCCGAAGAUGAUGAGUCGACACGACCCCCUUCUAAUUCCUGGCAACGAGCAAAUUGAGAACAUGGACAUGAACGUGAAGAGGUAUGAUUCGACAGGGAUGUUUCACUGGUGCCCAUCAAAGGAGAUCGAAAAAGUCAUCCUGACCCGGAGUGAAGCCUCCAUGACAGUGCUGAGCGGCCAUGUAGUGGUCUGUAUAUUUGGGGAUGUCACGUCCGCUUUGGUGGGGCUGCGAAACUUGGUGAUGCCUUUAAGAGCCAGCAACUUCCAUUACCACGAGCUAAAGCCUAUCGUCUUUGUGGGCUCGCUGGAAUACCUGCGGAGAGAGUGGGAGACGUUACACAACUUCCCCAAGGUCUCCAUCUUACCUGGCACACCAUUAAGUCGGGCGGAUUUAAGGGCUGUCAACAUCAACCUCUGCGACAUGUGUGUAAUACUGUCGGCCAAUCAGAACAAUAUCGAAGAUGCCUCUCUGCAGGAUAAAGAAUGCAUCUUGGCAUCGCUCAACAUCAAGUCUAUGCAGUUUGAUGACAGCAUCGGGGUCUUACAGGCAAAUUCCCAAGGUUUCACGCCUCCUGGAAUGGACAGGUCAUCUCCAGACAGCAGUCCAGUACAUGGCUUCGUGCGGCAGGCUUCCGUCACCACCGGCGCCAACAUCCCCAUCAUCACAGAACUAGUGAACGACUCAAACGUUCAGUUCUUGGACCAAGAUGAUGAUGAUGACCCAGACACCGAGCUGUACCUCACUCAGCCCUUCGCCUGCGGCACCGCCUUCGCUGUCAGUGUUCUCGACUCCCUGAUGAGCGCUACGUACUUCAACGACAACAUUCUCACACUGAUCCGGACACUGGUCACAGGGGGGGCCACACCAGAGCUGGAGGGCCUGCUGGCCGAGGAGAACGCUCUCCGAGGAGGCUACAGCACGCCGCAGACGCUGGCCAACAGAGACAGGUGUCGCGUCGCCCAACUAGCCCUCUACGACGGGCCCUUUGCUGACUUGGGGGACGGCGGCUGCUACGGAGAUUUAUUCUGCAAAGCACUGAAGACGUACAACAUGCUGUGCUUUGGAAUCUACAGAUUAAGAGACGCUCAUCUCGGUGCACCAAGCCCGUGUACAAAACGGUAUGUGAUCACGAACCCGCCGUACGAGUUUGAGCUGGUGCCCACGGACCUGAUCUUCUGCCUCAUGCAGUUCGACCACAACGCAGGCCAGUCCCGGACAAGCUUGUCCCACUCCUCCCACUCCUCCCAUUCCUCCAGCAAAAAGAGCUCCUCUGUCCACUCCAUCCCGGCGUCCAACCGGCAGAACCGCAGCAGCAAGAGCCGGGAGGCCCGCGACAAACAGAAUGCAACAAGGAUGAAUAGAAUGGGCCAAGAAAAGAAAUGGUUUACAGAUGAACCAGAAAAUGCCUACCCACGGAACAUUCAGAUCAAGCCCAUGAGCACCCACAUGGCCAACCAAGUCAACCAAUACAAAUCCACCAGUAGUCUGAUUCCACCAAUCAGAGAAGUCGAAGAUGAAUGCUGAACACCAGGUUGUCCUGCUGACUCACCAGACAUCUGUACGCUCUUUUCAAAGGAGAUGGGAAGACAUCACCAGUGGGGGAGGGAUGAUGAUGAUGAUGAUGAUGAUGAUGAUGAUGAUGACGACGACGAUGAAAGUGAUGUUGAAGACUGACGCAUUUUCACUUCACUCAUUCUUCUAAUCAAGGGGUUCGACAGGAACCCAAAACUGGAUGGGACCUCCUAUGUGUAUACCUUUAAUGUUACUUCCAUGCUCUUGGACACUGUUUUAUUUAUUAAUGUAUCCAUAGAGAUGUACAUAAUGACAAUCAAAUAAGGAUUGUACAACCCCUCCCCCCUAGCACUUUUUUUUGGAAUUAUUUUAAGAGUUGACAAAAAAAAAAGUACUUCCUGUAAUUCUUUGCAAUAGUUCACCUCUUCCUGUGACCAGACUCCACGGCUGAGGUGACUGGUUAUCGGAGGAUGAGGGUGGCAGCGAUGAACUGAUCAUAUCAUCUCCCAAAGAUUUGCGUCGCGUCACACCGGCUGGGUUCAUCAACUCCAUAUGUCCGGUCUGCUUCUGUUCUAUUUGCACUAAAACUGAAGAAAAAAAACAAAAACAAAAACCAUUUCUUUCGACAGAACUGGAACCAUCCCCCCUCCCCCAGAAGAAAAUAUCUCAGAGGAGAUGAAGGAAGGAAGGAAUGAAGGAAGCCUUGCUUGGCUUCAGAGGCGUGCUAAUCUUGUUUCUUAGGGUUGUUACACAUCAUGUCACUGCUUAAGGUUUGCUUCUUCAACGUUGACCCGUGAGAGCGUUCCAGUCCUGCAGACGGAAUCAUCUUUGCAAAACAGUAGUCUAAAAAAAAAUAAAACAGAUCAGAGAACGGUGCCGCGUUGGCGUGUGCUGGCUGAAAGAGAACCUCCCACCUACAUGUCUUCUGCUGAUACGUCAGAUCAACAAGCCUGUGACUCUGUUUCAAGCUCCUAUCGCAUGGUAUGUGCCUGAGGCCCUCUUUAUUACGGAUACAGUACGGCGAAUACGUGAAGAGGAUGUGCAGCAACCUGGCCUGGCCAUCGUGGGUUCAGAAGCGUUUAUGUACACGCUGUGUGAGAGUGUGUGUGUGUGUGUGUGUGUGUGUGUGUGUGUGUGUGUGCGUGUGUUUGUGUGUUUGCAUCGCAGCCACUCAUCCGUCUGGUGUUGUACUGAUCAGUGCUGUCGCCCCCCCCCCCCCCCCCCCCCCCCUUCCCUCCCAUCGGCAUUUAUGUGAUGGUGCACCUUUGAAGGAACAGCAUGAGGGAUCUCAGCCAUUGUGGAAGAAUCUAGACGGUUUGGAUCUACCGACAAAAUUAUUACGUUGCAUCAAAAAACCAAAACAACCCCCCCGUCCCCCAACUAUGAUUGAGCUGAGCCAACGCGAGACAGCAGCAGCGUGUCCACCAUUAUCGGUUCGCCGCGGUAUCCCGCGGCAGAAUUGGGAUCACUGAGAAGAGGGGUGUAUUUUUUUUAUUUAUUUUGAUGUUUCGUCUGUCACAAAAAAAAAAAAAGCUCAUGUCCGAGGAAAGAAAAUGCCACGUAUUGCGAGAAAGUGGGCAUCAGUGGGUCCUCCUUUGAUCGGAAGCAACUGCCUGGCACAGGGUUGGCACAGAGGCAGAAAAGUGCUUGGAUGUUCUCUGUCACCAAUCCGGAUGUCACACGCCUCAAAGAAAACAACAACAACAACGACAACAAAAAACUCUCAGGAGUUACGCUGCUGCGUUCGGGCCCUCUAGCUUGGAGAGAAAUGCUCAAACAUAGUUGGGUGGAAAUGCAACAAUCCCGCCGCAGACGGCCCAUGAGGACGCCGGAGAGAAGCCUGUGUCCUUCAGCCUCUGUGUGUGACGAGAGUGUCCCUCUCGCGCGUUUCGGGCAAACUGACGGAUCCGAAUCCAGCGGUGGAGGACUGAGGCGGCAGCCCUGUGCUCGGGAAAAAACACACAAACGUUGGACGUUGAAUAUGUGGUUGAAUUUAUGCAUUAAACCAUAAUUAUUUUAUGUCCACAAACAUAAUCAAUUUGUACUUAUUUUUCUAGACAAGAAGCAAGUGGAAAUUAUUCUAAGGUGAUAAAAAUAACACACAUAAUUAUCUUUUAUUACUACUACAUAUCACAGGAUUUUGUGUUUGACUGUAUCACCAUCUAUUUCCACAUCGUAACGAAAGCAGAUCAUUUUUUUUAAACGCCCUGCCGCUCUUUAACAAACUUUAUCACUCCAGCGCUAAUAAAAAGCUAAGGCUACAUGGCAGUGUGAUCCCACCAUCUUCAGCCCGGCAGCUCGGCUCUGUUGAGUGCUCGCGGAAACACAUUAAAGCUCAUCUGAAGCCUCUUUGAGUCGCUCAGAUGAGCCGUGUCCACGGACAUAAUCUGUGUACUACUAAGCGUCCCUUGCUGUGAACAUGCAGACGGAAAGAUAGGUGUACAGGAAUCAUGUAUUUUAGGGGGGGAAAUGUAUUUAGAUGGAUAUACAGGGCAGAGCUGGAAUAAUGAUGAAAAGAUCAUCCUGCAGAGUCGCUCCCUCUGCCAGAACUGAAUGACCUUCAUUAGAUGUGUUUGACCUAAAUUAGGUCCCUAGUGUGGAGGGCGAGUGCAAACACUGCGGCACAGUGUGCUGUUGCUUUCCACAAAAUAUGAUUUCUAAUAUGACGGGGACUCGCUGUCGGGGUUUAUCGCAGUGAUUCUCCUCUCCAGACUGUAAAGGAAAAGUCAUGUUAAGCAGAAAAAAAAAGAAAAGAAACCAUUUUGGAAUGUGGAAAAGAACAUAAUAUUGUGCUAAAUAUGUUUGUGUAAAUUCAACCCAUUCUAUAGAUCACUUUUCUUUCUCAAAGCAGGAUGAUCCGAGCUUCAAUGUCCGUCUAUAUUGGGUGUGGUGCAACUUAUACUGAAGCCUCAUACUCAUUGUCCUGAAGUGAUCUUUUGAACUGUGAUUACACCGUCGUCACACUGUAGCAAAUAGUUUUUCUUUUUUUCAGAAAAUAUGUGAGUAAAAUGUAUGUAUAAUCGGGUUGUUAAUGGCAUACUUUGCUAGCCUGAACAAUAAGGAACUAUUCAUAUUUGAUAAUGGCAAAUGACUCAUAUAUACAUAGAAUCGACAAACUGAUUGUUAUGUUGAAGGGGGUGGGAAAAAAAUAAGAAAUGUGUAUCUCGAAAAAAAGGAAAGAUCCUCCGGGAACGACGGGACUAUUGAAGUACUGUAUGUGCCACACGGAAUUCGAUCUGGUUCGUCAGCCAUCGCUAAGAUGGAAGGUAGCACCAAUUCAGCAAAGUUUAUCAAGAGAGCGAGAACAUCCUUCAUUUUUCCUGUUUUUCUUACUUUGUGUUAUUACAUGGUUUACAUUCCAUUUUGUCAGCUUGUCAUUAUCUGUCACAAUCUGUCACAACUGCUUAUUUGUUUACAGAGUUGUUGGUGCUAUGGCACAGAAACAUAGCAUUGUUCAGAAAUAAUACCGUACAUGCUGCAAACUGGCAUUGGCAUAAACUCACAAAGUAAUGCACCAUUGUUUUCAUUACACUUGAUUGCUGUUUAGUUUUUUUUGUUUGUUUUCAACCCCGAACCCUCAUCGUGCGAUCCAUUCAGCCCGACGUCACUCGCACCGUUCACUGGACGGAGACGUCUCUCCGUCCCGCAUCUCGUCACGCGUCUCCAUGUCGAUGUUUCAGGUCUUUGCGUCGUACACCUCUAAAGUUCUUUUAGAGUGUUUUGUUUUUGAAGUGCCACGGAGAGUUUCGUUGAGCAGGCAUCCUUCAGUCAUUCGGGGCACGCCGGCUCGCCCCGGGGCAGCCGAGUCCAGUCGUUUUCCCCCCAACUGUGAGAACAGUUGUCUUGUGCCGACAUGGAGAACAUCCAAGCAAAUCAAUGCCUCCAUGUCAGCGCAGUGCCAGGCAGUGCAGUAAGGUCAAGAGGAGGGCCCACGUUAAGUCCCACUAGAGCGACAAGUGGCAUUCAGGAAGGCGUGACGGGGCCGUCACAUGUACGAGCCCUGCUCAUCAAGCCGUGCGCUUGGUGUCAGGCGAUCGGGCCGCGUCACGCAUACGUUAGAUAUUAGAUACGGAUGACUGAACGAUGCACAUUGAGGCGCAUGCCUGUAACAUCACGUCAUGUUGCUGUUGUCCACUGAACAAAUCAAAAGAUGCGUUGCGUUACAGUAUGUUGCAUUAUUUUUGUUAAUCUAUUUUUUUUUUUGCUGUAAAGGAUGGCUAUAAUAACUUAUUUGCUGGGAAUCGUACUAGAUAUACUAGAAUAUAUAAUAUUUAUGGGGGUGGGCGGUGGGUCUCAAGUCUUAAUAAUACAUAAAAAUUGCAUUCAGCAUUUUUUUUUUUUUAAUUUUUUAAGUUGCAAUUUUUGUUGCUAUGACAUCAGGAAGAAUUCAGGACAUUGCUCUUGCGCAUCACAGAUUGGAUUUGUUGACACAUUGUCAUUGCAGCAUACAUGGAAUUUGAUAUAACGUUCUAAUUAGUUUGGAUGUGUUCUAGAUAUGAUGGGGGGAAAAAAUGGAUUAUUUGAUGGUGCUGAGUUGAUCUACCUGACUCUGUCAAAUAUAAUCUGCUGAUAAAUAUACUGUCUUGUACAAAAAAGUUUGUACAUAGAUUGUACAUGGUUUCUUUUUGUAUUUUCUCAAAUUAAAAUGGAUGUAUUUGUGUUCUACAA